GACGAUCACUCCCACCGCAACUACCUCCACCACUACCACCACCACUACCAACCUGCCACCACUAGCAACAUACACAAACAGUCCGCUUCAAACCGUCCUGUGUCGUUCGCUGGAACAAACAGCCAGAGCCAAAAAAAAAAAAAGAAAAAGAAAAAGUAAAAGAAGAGAAAGAAAGAAAAGCGGCCGAGCUGCAACAAGUGUGAACUAAGCACGCAACACAUCAACUUGUAUCAAUUAUCUACCGCUACAGGAAUUUUAACCACCCAUCGUCUAUCAACCCACACAAACACCAUUCUUUUACCGCCACUCUUCAAUAUUACUACUUCGAGCAUACUAUAUUAUAAAAAUAGUAAUUAACGAAUUAUAUCAAUUUCCUAUCUAUCUCUUUCUAUAUAUAUAUAUAUAUGUAUCUAGUGUUUACAUAUACGUGUGUAUAGUCCAGGCGGCCAUUAUCAAAGAGAAAACUAUAAUAAGUCUUAUAAAUACUUUGUACAUAGUGUAUACCAUCGAUCUAUCUUCCUCGGCCUGUCCCACGAUAAACAGUUUCGAUAACAUAUUAUAUAUAUACAAAACUAGUCUGUAUAAUACGGAUAUACACGUUACUAUGUAUGUACAGGUGUUCGACUAAGACAUACAACAUUUAUAUUGAAUACCAUAACGCAUAGAACAUCUAUCUAUCUAUCUAUCUAUCUGUCUGGCUGUCGGCUUGUCUAUCAGUCUGUUCAACAUCUGUCCAGUGAACUUAUACCCGAGCAAGCGACUAAAGAAGCUGAAAUGGCAGCAACAAUCCAGGCCCAUCUCACACCAGCCAACCUUUUACCAUGCGUAAAAGAUGAGCAGAGAGAAAUACUGGAAAAAAACUUCCAGGCAAACCGCAAUCCUUCGGAGUUUGAAGUGGAAAUUAUAGCUACCGAAGUUGGUCUUAACAGUUACGACGUGAAGUGUUGGUUCCAGCAUCGACUAGCCUGCUGGCGCCAACAGCAGGGACUUCCGGCCAACGGUGGAUCAGUGACGGAUUAACCACUUUGGGCAUACGGACACUGGCAAUCUGAUUGUAUAAUAUGAUGCAGAAUGGUGCAUCACACACAUACACACAAACACACACAUGCAUACUCACACAAACACCCAUUAUUUGUAUAUUGAUACAUAGAUUUAUACAGACUCACUAGCGCGCGCAUUGGUACAAGUUACCACAAUGUAGAUUUCAUCUUCAACACACACACAUACAUACACGCACGUACAGGCACGCACACGCACACACAAACACACACACACACACACAUACAUGCUAAGUAAUUCCAGCAUGACCACUGUGCAUUCAUUGGUUGACAUUAAUAAAAUAAUAAUAGCAUAUGUGCAUGCACAGUAACACACACGAAGAA